AUGAGUUACAGAAAUAAGGGGCACACCAUUGCAGUUCCUAAUAUAUCAGAUCCUUCAAGAAGCAAUGAGCUGCCAGCCAGCGGCAACAACUCUCCAGGCACCAGUAUCUGCUCAGAUUCAGAGCUUCCAUACAUAUCAUAUACUGUGGAUCGACCUAUAGGAGAUUCACCAAAGGCCUCAGCGAAGACCCAGCGUAGUGCGGACAGCAAGAAGUCGAUGCUGCAACGUCGGCAGCUGAGCCUACAAGCUCGCAAGAACAAGCGCGCCCGGGAUAUAGUAGUAGUCAAGCAGGCGACCGAUGUACAGCUUGAUGAAGAUAUACAGAGAUUACAGGAGAUACCAACAUUCCUACCUAUCAUGAGAGGUACACUCGGUCUGCCGGGUGCGAGAGACCCAGAGGUAUUGGAAGGUUUAGACUACAGACCGUGGGUCCGAGUAACGACCAGACUGCAGGCGCACCUCGCUGCAUGUGCUCACCCACUCGCGACCAUCGAGGGCGGGCUAGCGGCUAAAAUAAAAGAGGCCGACCAGGAAAUAUCACGCUUGUAUUCCCAAAUGGUGGAUAAGCAGAGGGCGAACGCUCGCCACGCGGAGCGUCUAGCCAGGGUCCAUGAAGUGUCACACCAAUUGUCGAGAUGCAACUCUUUGUUGCAACAGACUCUACAAGACAUAGAAGAAAUUAACGCUUUACUUCCUGAAGAUAAACGCUUAGAACCAUUUGUGUGGAGCACAGAAUAAUAGGUGUCAAAUAUAAACCUAGAUCUAGGAUACCUAAGUACGUGUGUCGCCUGGACAGUCAACCUCGCUACAUCCUUGUUGACUGGACAUCUACACUACAUGAGCUGCUGUUUACAUGUGAACAUUAGCUCAUGACAA